AUGCUCAUUGAUUACAGCUCAGCCACUGAGUCACACAAGCGAGCACUAACGAUCAGACAAACGGUAUUGGGUGAAAAUCAUGAGAACACCGCAGAGAGCUACCAUUGGCUGGGGCUUAACCAAUAUAUGCUUAGUGAUUACAGCUCAGCCACCGAGUCACACAAGCGAGCACUAACGAUCAGACAAACGGUAUUGGGUGAAAAUCAUGAGAACACCGCAGAGAGCUACCAUUGGCUGGGGCUUAACCAAUAUAUGCUUAGUGAUUACAGCUCAGCCACCGAGUCACACAAGCGAGCACUAACGAUCAGACAAACGGUAUUGGGUGAAAAUCAUGAGGACACCGCUAAGAGCUACCACGGGCUGGGGCUUACCCAAUAUAAACUUGGUGAUUACACCUCAGCCACUGAGUCACACAAGCGAGCACUAACGAUCAGACAAACGGUGUUGGGUGAAAAUCAUGAGAACACCGCAGAGAGCUACCAUUGGCUGAGGCUUACCCAAUAUAUGCUUAGUGAUUACAGCUCAGCCACUGAGUCACACAAGCGAGCACUAAACAUCAGACAAAUGGUAUCGGGUGAGGAUCACGAGAAGACUGCUGAGGGCUAUCAUUGGCUGGGGGUUACCCAAUAUAUGCUUAGUGAUUACUCCUCAGCCACUGAGUCACACAAGCGAGCACUAAAGAUCAGACAAACAGUGCUGGGUGAAAAUCAUGAGAAGACCGCUGAGAGCAACCAUUGGCUGGGGUUACCCAAUAUGUGCUUAGUGAUUACACCUCAGCCACAGAGUUACACAAGCGCGCACUGA